AUGGAUGUUCCGAGGUUGUGGCGAGCGGCAGACGCGACGGUUCAGCCAGUCCUCUUUGUCUUUCGCUUACGCUACGACGAGACUCCCAGCAGGGUCAGGGUGCUUGAGCCAAGAAAAGGCGGCGUGGACCUGGCUACAUGCACUGCUGAGGAAGCCGUCAAAUCCAAUGUGUUGGGGCAGCAAUCUGGGGGCAGCCACACAAAGGUCAUGCAGACUGAACUCUCCGUUGGCAUGUUGGUGCAUCACAAGCAGAACAUGCAAUAUACCUGGCUUCAAGGUAGAAUUCCGACUUAUUUGCAGGCCCUCCAGAGCACAAGCGCAGCCAACACAUACGCUUGCUUGAAGAAGGUCCUGGACACCGUCCCUGACUUGCAUUCUUUUGCUUCAGAUGCUGACAUCCCUAUGAGGCUGCGACUGAGUUGCACAGACCGCUUCACGUCAAACAUAGCAGCAGAGCGUGGCUUAAGUGCCAUGUUUCACGAGACAGAGUUUGUCCACACUUUUUGCGACGUACACAAGGCCUAUUCCGCGAGCAAGGCGGGUAUGAGUCGGGUUGAAUUUGAUGUCUCAGGCCUCCUGGCGUUCAGCUUGGGUUACUCCGAACCUGGAGCUGUGUCACUUUUCCACCAGGCAUUGGCACGCAUCUUUGCUCGGGAUCUUGUGAUUUAUUACAAACGGCCCCCCGCAGAGAUCCCAGACUCUCGCGAGAGCCAGUACAGGGACCAGAUCUACCAGUUGUUCCUGCCGGUACAGUCUGUGCAUCCGGCGAGGGCAAAGCUCAACGCCAAGCGGAGAUACGUUCUUUCGUAUCUCCUCAAUGGAAACUGGCGUGAACACGGUGAAAUUCAACACUACUGCCAAUUCGGGUGCUGUCCCAACUUCAGUGCAACGCUCAAGCUGCUCGCAGUCUACGGAACAUGGGCCCUCUGUCCCAGACAACCGCCAGUGUUCCCACGGUCACGGUGGACACGUUACGACGAAUGUGUGGACUAUUGCGGAGUGUUGGAAGCAUGCCACGGUCUCUUGGGUAAGCUGGUUGCAGAGCUGAGCGGAAAGCCGGUCGGUGCGCCCAGUCCUGCAGCGGACGUGCCUUCUGCACAGCCCGCAGACGUCCAUCAGGAUCUCGAUGACUGGGAUGAUGCUUACGCUGCCGGGCCUUCUGUUGACCAUGUGCAGGGGGCAGAGGAAGACGCAGGUCUUUCUGCAAUGGAUGCCGCGCAGUCUGUCCCCGUUCCGCCGGAAGAGAACACAGACGAUGGAGAGAUCGAGAAUGAGUGGAAGAAACAAAAGAGACAGAACAAGAAGAAGGCGGCAGUGUGGGUGUCCAGCAAACCUUUUCGGCGGCUAGCCACUUGGGCUGUUAGGUCGUACGUUUUUUUUGUUGAGUUUGGUGUCGAGUGA